AAAAAAAAAAAAUCUUUUCUUUCCAUUGUCUUCAACCUCUAGAACACACCAUCACUAAACUUCCACAACAACCACGCCAGCAUCACCACCAUUACUACUCUAUCAUCACCCACCCACUUCUCCCUCUACUCUCAAAAUUGAAAAACUCUGACCUUGAGACCUUCCACUGCAAACCUACCGAUCCCUAAUUCCGUCUCAUCAUCAAAGACGUGGGAGCAGAACAGUCUACGCUGGGAACCUCCUUGGUGAUAUUGGUGAAAGAGAAGUAGAAGAUUUGUUUUCAAAGCUGCUUCUGUUGCUACUACUUUCUUCGAUAAUCGACGACAAACACUCUCAACAAAACGUCUUCGUGAAGUAAAACCUUAGCUGCAAAGAGAGGAAUCAGAAACUAACAAGUGUUCGAUCGAUGGGAAACAUAUUUGUGAAGAAACCAAAGGUCACAGAUGUCGAUCGAGCAAUUCUCGCUCUCAAGACCCAAAGGCGUAAGCUUGCUCAAUAUCAACAAAAGCUUGAUGCUGUUAUUGAAGCAGAAAAGCAAGCAGCAAGAGACUUGAUUCGUGAAAAGAAGAAGGAUCGGGCCUUGUUGGCCUUGAAAAAGAAAAAGGCACAAGAAGAAUUGUUGAAGCAAGUUGAUGCCUGGGUUAUAAAUGUUGAGCAACAAUUAGCAGAUAUUGAACUGGCAAGCAAGCAAAAGGCUGUAUUUGAAAGCUUAAAGGCUGGUAAUGAUGCAAUGAAAGCUAUACAAAGUGAGAUAAACAUUGAAGAUGUUCAGAAGCUUAUGGAUGAUACUGCUGAAGCUAAAGCUUAUCAAGAUGAAAUUAAUGCAAUAUUAGGAGAAAAAUUAUCAGCAGAGGAUGAGGAGGAGAUUUUAGCAGAAUUUGAGAACUUGGAAACCCAGCUUGCAGUCGAAGAUCUUCCAGAAGUUCCUUCCUCAGUGCUUCAAGAUGACAAACUGGACCUUCCUGAUGUCCCAACCAAGGCACCGGCUGCUAGCGAAGCCGAAGUAUCUUCAGAAAGAAAAGUUUUGGAGGAACCAUUGGCAGCUUGAAGAACAUUGUGACUGGAGCUUCUCAACUGUUAGGCAAACCGAUGGCGAAUCAAAUCUGGCCCUUUUCAUGUCUGCUUGUACCAUUCAUUACAAAUUGAGUUGCAAAUAUCAUGCAUUAGCUUGGGCUUUGAUUGGUUUUGAUAUUUGAAGUGACAUUUUGUACAUAUAUUAUAGUUCAAUUUUAUACAUGAAUUAUCUCCGGAAAAGAACCAUAUUGUUUUCGCUUGAAAACUCCCAUUAUUUACCUUAUACAUUCGGUAUUUUUGUUACUCAAGCAUGUAGUCAGAUCAGAUGUAUAAUUUGCCAAUAAUAUCCCGAACACAUUGAUUAGCCAAUGUUGUGCCUUA